AUGAUGUGUACCAAGCCCCCAGCUUGGCUCUCCGCGCUCGCGGGCUCGGACAUUACCGUACCAGCCACCGACCUGGAGGCCCUGCCUGAAGCUGCCAAGGCGGCUGAAAGGAAUGCACCCGUCCGCGGACCCUCGGCCCUCUCCUACAACCAGCUCCUCUAUCGCAUGGAGUCUUCCCAGUGCGUCAUGCAGUGGCUUCAUCCAGCCCUCACCCUCGAAGGUUUGUGUGGGUCCCCACCAUCUCUGUCUUCUUCCGUGGCAGCCUCCGACCCUCGCCCAGACUGUGCACCUGGCUCCUGGCGCCCAUCUCAUCCCAUGACCGCGUUUAUGGACCCUUCAGCCAACGUACAGCUAGAUGAGGAAGAGGUGGCACUGAAACUGGAUGCGGUCGAGGUGGAACAACCUGCCCUCGAGCGCCAACGCGCCACUUCGUCCCAAUUGACCAACAACUCGGAACAGCCCAUCUCCCCUGCCAACCUGCCUACAACCGCACAAGAAACAUCAAAAAGGCCCGCGCCAACUGAGAACACCCUCUCCCCCACCGCCAUCAUUGCCCCGUUUGCCAGACCGCUACCUCGAUUAUCACCCGUUCAGGCUACACCCGAACGUAUCGCUGCUGCUCAGGAGAGAGAAGAUGAGCAAGCUCGCGCAGCUGCCGAGGCCGCAGCCGCUGAGACCGCGGCCGCUGCAGAAAGCAACCAACAGGAUCCAUCCACUCCAAAAACGCCAUCCGAUCCCGAACCUUCCCAUACUAGCACGCGCACCCCGCCCUCGCCCCCGGCAACCAAGAGCCCGAAUCAGCCCACUGCCACUGUCACUGCCACUGCUAUGGACAUGGACCCGGACCCGGACCACCGCGUCGGACCCAGCUCCCCUCACUCCACAGAGAAAACUAUUGGCCAGCGCCACGACAGGCAUUCCCGCUCCGACUCACCAGCGCACAGCCCGCGUGAGCGGACCGCAGAUCGGGAACCCCUUCCAAACGCAUCCAAACUUGAGCCCAAGUCCUCAAGCUCAUCGGUCGCCAGUGGUACAGGCCCGAGCAGCGCGCGGCGUGCACCUGGGUUCCAACUCACACGGCUCUCUGAAUCCUCCGCCAGUGAGGCCAGCAAGGCCGGUAACAACACCCAACGCUUGCCCUCCCACCCACCAAGCACCCCACCCGCUUCCAGCAAACGCGCAUCGCACUCUGAUGACCGAGCCGCCAGCGCCAACAAACGCUCCAAGGCUGAGGCUCAAGCUAGCACCGGUAAUUCGGGAGGCCGGAAUCGCCGAGAGAGUCGUGAUAGUCGUGAUAGUCGUGAUGAUCGCGGUCGCCGCGAUUCGCGCGAACCCCGACACGCCACGCCUCAGGAUACUCGUCGGGGCAGCCGUCGCUCUGACGAAGGCUUGGUCACCCGUGCUCAUCGCUCUCCCUCGGUGGACAGCGCGGAGAAGCGCCGGCAGCGCGUUGUGCCAGCUACCCAAAGCGCCAUCUCGCCCAAGCGUAGCGAUACUGGUCGCGCCAGCGCGGGCAGCCGCGCCUAUGAAGAAGCCCGUGAACUCAAAGCCAAGAGCAUGGCCACGGAAUCAAAGCCUCUAGCUGCGAGCAUUCUCGUCAAAGCCACUUUGCUGUUUGUACAGUCUAUUCUGGAUAUGCGGGCUUGCAAGGAUGAGAUUAUCACAUAUAUUGAGCGUGUGGCUUUGAUGGCCAAGAGCCAGUGCUCCUCCCACGCUCCUCGGCUCAAGGUUUUGACUGAACUGGCCAUAUCUACCAUCAAGUUUUACCGAUUUGACCAUGUUCGCAAAAAUCGCUACAAGCAGCUGGUACCUACAUUGCGCGAUCGACUGCGCGAAGCCCUCAAAGCUAGUGAUAAGGCAGCCAAGGGCAGCAACGGCCAAGCUGCUGAAGCCGAUGAAGUGAGCGUGAAACGAAAAGAGUACAAAGACAUUAUUGAUGUCCUCGACUGCUUUGCCAACGAAAGCGAGGCGCAGGUUUGCUAUGCAGGCGCCAUGAUCCAUGCCCGAGACUUUCCUGCCGACUACAAGCGGCUCAUCGAGCACCGCUUGGGAACACUGGACCUUGCACGCCAAGAGCCACGCAAGCUGGUACAACUAGCCUUUGAGAUCUACGACACGAUAGCCCCCAGCAUAGUCUGAACGCCUCCCUCUCAAUUAAAGCUCAACCUU